AUGGCGGACGACAUGGGAUGGGCUGACGUGGGCUACCACUCCGACCACAUCCUGACCCCAAACAUCGACACAUUGGCCGCCGAUGGCGUCGUAUUAAACAAUUUCUACGUACAGCCCGUUUGCAAUCCGAGUAGGGGUGCCCUACUCACAGGCAAAUGGCAUUUAGGUUUUAUGAACCGUGAAUACACGCCAACAUACCGGGGCUUUGACUCGCACGUGGUUGUGGCUAUGAUUUCCGCCAUAACAUGGAUGUCAUCACAAACGCAUCCGGAGCUUAUACAACACAUUAUUUCACCGACAGAUGCCUUCAUAUCAUCGGUCAAUCGAUGA